AUGAUAGAACGUAAAAUAGAUUUUUUAUAUGCAAAUAAAACACAGGAUUUAGGCUGUGAAUCAUCAUCAGACUCUGUUAUCCGAAAAACAAGACAUCAGAAUUGUUUGGAGAAGACUGGAGCAGAGACAUGGAGAAGCCUUCUUUGUCAUAUUUCGAAUAGACACACCUUUCCUGGGAAGAUUGUGACACAAUGUGGACACCCCCCACUAAGCCCUGAUGAUAUAAGGAAAAAGAAAUGGUUGAAUCAAGACAGCCAAGCAUAUGCAGCAUUAGAGAAGGUCGUCACAGACAAGCUAAUUCUACGGGACAUACGUCAACUAGAUCUUUUUUGCCACACAGGAGCAUUGGAAACAUAUCACUCCAUGAUGCUGAAAUACUGUCCUAAGCGACUCGAGUUUGAAUACGCAUCAAUGGUUGCCCGUACUCAGUUGGCAGUGGUAGACAACAAUGUAAACAUCGGGAGAAACCAAAAGACCGAUGCCAAUGGCAAACUGUCCUUCGCAACCCGAUGUCCCAAGAGCACUGGAAGGUGGACGGCCCGCAAAAUAUACGAGAAGAAGGAUUACGAUUUCAAAGCCGAUAUAUUGCAGUUUGCAGUCACUAGCCAACAGGAGGGUCCCAAAAGGAAAACAGUUCACCAGCUAAAGUCACUGUCACUGCCCGUAAACAUAAGCAAGGAUCCUGCACCGUGUAAGGAAGACCUAAUUGACGAUCACAGAUCUCGCUUUUCUUGAUUGAAUAUCUAAAAUU